AUGACCAAACUGCAGUCUUUGAGCGCAUUGGCCCUCGUGGCUCCCACCGUCCUUGCGCAAAGCUGCAUAUCUCUGGCGGGCUCCAAGACUUGUCCAGCAUUCAAUUCUUCCUCGGUUUCCACCGACCAGACCUUGGUUGAUUUAUACCCUUUUCUUGCAUAUGUCUCAAAUACCAAAGACUUCGACACCCAGUUAAGUCAGUAUGUCUCGCAACAAUACGUCCAAUCCAAGUAUACCGACAUAUUUGGCUGUGACAACGUGAAGCUGGGCAACUCUUCAGAUUACUAUGCCCGCUAUACAACCAGCUUCCUAUGUAAUGGGAUCGUACAGAAUUCUCGGAGGCCGUGUGGGUUAUCCAACGAAGAUGCUACACCCCUUUGCGCCGAUUCCUGUGCCGACUUGGCUGUUAGCGAAGAGCAGAUCGUUGCGAGCGACUUGUGCAAGGGUCGGGACGAUGACUAUGCAGACCAACUUCGAGCAGACUUUACCAACUGCGCCUUACCGGCCAAUUCUAUAAGUGGAAGCUGUAUCAGCGGCGAAUCGAAUGAGCCUCUCGACUGCGGGUUCGGCGGCAACUUGAUGGGCCUCUGCAAUUUCUGUCGAGCGAGCACCGAGAAUGGUACCGACUCGUGCUGCUUCACCUCUAAUACUACUGGCCGUUGCCAGGACGUCACUCUUCCUGUUUUCUCAACCAUCGCAAAUCUCUUCUCUUCUACAGCCAGUCCUACCACCUCGGCCACAGGCAAACCUACGGCGGAAGCAGCCGGUUCUGGAGGACACCACGGCCUUAGCGGCGGUGCAAUCGCCGGCAUUGUCGUCGGAUCCGUCUUGGGAUUCCUUCUUCUACUCGCCCUCAUUGUCCUUGCCAUUGUGUGCCUCCGGCGUCGGCGUAACGACAGCAAAGCUGGCAGUCUACUGAAUCAGCCAUCUCCACAGAGGCGAGGAGUGUCCUCGUCUGCCUACAAUCAACCCAUGACAGAACAGGGGUAUGAAGUCCUCCCAGGUGGACGUGUUGCUCGCAUGUCUGCUCUUCAGGACGAUCAGCCCGGCGUCAUGAUGGGUCCACCUGGAAUCGGGCCACGAAACUACACAUCUCAUACCGAUCCUUACGGCGACAGUCCAGGGUCCCACGAAAAGCUCGGGGGUGUUGCCGGGGUCGUUAAACACGAUGGAUCCCCCGGUAAUGGCUCGCAACAGAGCAGUUCCCCGGGAGACUACUCAUCGCCCGAAGGCGUCGCCAGUGGACAGUCAGAGCAAUUGCCCUUUUUCAAAGACUACUACUCCAAUGACGAUAUCCAUCCUGGAGACCGGGUGGCCGUCCUAUGGGCCUAUCAGCCUCGUGCCGGGGAUGAGUUCGAACUCGAAAGAGGAGACAUGCUCAAGGUGGUUGGUAUUUGGGAUGAUGGUUGGGCCACUGGAGUGCGGCUUAACGAGCGUGCCGAAGACUACGAUGGCAAACAUAAGGCGCAACGAGACAGUGGUGUCUCCAACGGGAGCGCCACGCGUGAAGAAACGCCCUCACCGACCGGAGAGAUCAAGGCCUUCCCUCUUGUCUGCGUCUGUUUGCCUGAAGCGUGGAAGAAAACGGUAGAGGGUGACACUUCUACAGAGGGCGGGUCAGGCGGUCCACCACUGACAUGA